AUGGCCCGCGACGAUUCUGUAUCGCCAUUCUCGCGCUCGCCGCAGAAAUCCCCGAUAAACGAUGAACCCUACACGCCACCCGUUGUCGGGGGCGCGCUUGCCGCCUCAACCCCAAACGGAGCGGCACCAGACGAUGUCAAGCCGGGAAAUGAGGCGCACGCGCCGCUCUCAAGCCGACCUUCCAGUCUAUCUGCCGCAUUGCCUCAUCGAAAUGCCACAGGAUCCAAUAAUACAGAUUUUCCUGGCAUGAAUGGCGACCAAGCCACUCCAGACACCCCAAAUACCCCAACCGCGCGCGUCCAAUUCGCCCGGUUUGACCCCCCCGAUUUUCAACCAUCGCACUCCCGACACAACUCUGCCGAGAACCCCGAUGCUGCCAAGUCCAGAAGCAGUUCCAUCAUAUCCAAGCUCAAGUACCUUGCGCCACAUUCUCUCCAGCCGACAAGACCCCAUUCGCUCGACGGAGACAUACAGGCCACCGCGGCGUCCCCCGUAGCUGGGCGAUUUGCUGGUCGAGUGCCCGAUACCUUGCGCGAGGAGGCGGAAGAAACCGAUGCCGACAUGGAAGGCGAGGCCGAUGCUGACGCGGAAGAGGAAGCAGACGAGACACAUCCCUCCGGACAUGUCAAGAAAAAGAAGCGCAGGAUGCGUCGCUUUGUCAAGGGUGAUGGAUCAGCCCCUAGCUCUCCUUUUCGAUUUCCGAAUGAUGGAGAUGCCUUUAGCCAUAGAUUUCUCAGACGCCGUGCGAGCAUGCCCGAUACCUCUGAACACAACCAGGUUCUCUCUGAAGGCGAGACCCCGCAGCGAUCCAAGCGACGCCCGUUCGUUAGGCGAGGCCAUUCAUGGAUGAAUCCCGGAACGCCGCAAGCCGAAACUGAUAUUGAAGCACUGGAGAGCUCAAAUGUUGUCGGUCGUCGCCAUGGUCACACUCGUCGUAUCACAGUUUUCGGAGGCGGUGGUGUUUCCGACGGCGACGCCAUCGUCCACCGCAGGCCAUUCUUCCACUCGGAACGUGCGUCUAACUUUGGUGCCCAAAAAUGGAAGCAAGUCAAAAGUACUCUAAAACUUUUACGUCAAAAGAAGGACGAUCGUGUCGACUAUUACAAGUCAACCGAGUUGAUGGCCGAGCUGAGAGCCGGUGCUCCUGCGGUGCUCAUGUUCGCAAGUAUGAUUCAGCGAGAUGAACACGGAAACAAGCGAAUCCCGGUGCUGUUGGAGCAGCUCAAACUGAAAGUUAUCCACAGCGCACCAGGGCCUGAUGACGACAGCGAACGCCAUUGGUAUUUUACCAUUGAGCUAGAGUACGGCAGUGGCGCCAGCCGGAUGGUCUGGACAGUUGUACGCGACAUUAGAGAGACGUACAAUCUGCAUCUCCGUUAUAGAUGGGCUAUGAACAAAGACAUGUACCUUCCGGGAUCAAACCAUCUGGCUGCUCGGCCUAAGCAGCCAGCCUUUCCCUGGGGCGCCUUUCCUGUGCUGCGAACUGUCCGUAAGAAGAAAGGGCAAAUCACAGAAGAUGAGGAGGAGGAGAUUGUUAGUGAAAGAGAACAUCAUAACGCAGAAGAUGGCGGCGACAUUGUAGCCGGCGACGACAUUGAAGCCACCGGUAGUGACGGUGGCGGCAACCGACAUCCUCGGCGCAAAAGGUCACGCGUUAACCUGCUUGGCAUGAGACGUCGCUCGACCGGCCUGACCGACAAUGGAGAGGGCCCGAGCGAUCAGGGCCACGAAGGUAUGCGCCAACGUUUCUUUGUGAAGCAGCGACGGAGCCUGGAGAACUAUCUGGCUGGCAUGGUGCGUUGGCUCAUGUUCAGAGCUGAUAGUAACCGUCUCUGCCGAUUUCUGGAACUCUCAGCGCUCGGUGUUCGUCUUGCCGCCGAGGGCAGCUAUCACGGCAAGGAAGGCUAUCUGCACAUUCAAUCUGCUAAGGGCCUCGACUUUCGUCGUGUGCUAACGCCCGCCAAGGUGAUUGCUCGCCACAGCCGAAAGUGGUUUCUGGUUCGCCAAAGCUACAUUGUUUGUGUCGAUUCCCCGGAAAACAUGAACAUUUAUGACGUCUUCCUCGUCGACAGCAAGUUUAGUCUCGUCAAGAAGAGAAAUGCGGUGAAGAAAAUCGCCUCCAAGAAAAAGGAGGAGAUUGAUCUAAUCGCGGAACCUUCUCAAUCAAAGCGUCACACUCUCACACUUCGAACGUCGGAACGCAAGAUCCGCUUCUUCUCCCGUACCCACGCCAUCAGACAGCAGUUUGAAGAGUCCAUUACCGAAAUGUUGCGCGAUACCGUCUGGUCCAAACAACAGCGAUUUGAUAGCUUCGCCCCCGUCCGCCAAGGUGUCUUUGCGCAGUGGCUGGUUGACGGACGUGAUUACAUGUGGAACGUUUCUCGCGCCAUCAACAUGGCCAAGGAUGUUAUUUACAUCCAUGACUGGUGGCUGAGUCCCGAAUUGUACUUGAGACGGCCGGCUGCGAUCAGUCAAAAGUGGCGACUCGAUCGUUUGCUGCAGAAGAAGGCUCGCGAAGGAGUCAAGAUCUUUGUCAUCAUCUAUCGAAAUGUUGAGGCCGCCGUCCCCAUUGAUUCCGAGUACACUAAAUCCUCGCUGCUGAAUCUGCACCCCAACAUCUUUGUUCAGCGAUCACCCAACCAGUUCAAGAAGAAUCAGUUCUUCUUUGCGCACCACGAAAAGAUUUGCAUUGUUGAUCACGACGUUGCUUUCACUGGUGGCGUGGAUCUUUGCUUUGGCAGAUGGGAUUGCCCGCAGCAUCCCAUUGUGGAUGAUAGGCCAACCGGUUUCGAAAUGACUGAUGCGCCGAGGGAUGCUGAGCACUGCCAGGUUUUCCCUGGCAAGGAUUACUCGAACCCGCGUGUGCAAGACUUUUUCCGUCUCGCCGAACCAUACGAGGAAAUGUACGACCGGUCCAAAGUCCCGCGAAUGCCAUGGCACGACAUCGGAAUGCAGGUUGUUGGUCAGCCUGCCCGCGACCUGACGCGCCAUUUCGUACAGAGAUGGAACUAUCUACGCCGCGGCCGCAAAUCUACCAGACCCCUGCCGUUUCUGCUGCCACCACCGGAAGCUAAUUUCGAUGAGCUGGAGGCACUAGGUCUGACAGGGACUUGCGAGGUGCAAAUCUUGAGAUCUGCCAGUGCAUGGUCGCUUGGACUGAUCGAAACGGAGCACAGUAUCCAAACCGCCUACAUCAAGAUGAUUGAGGAUUCAGAGCAUCUUGUAUACAUUGAGAACCAGUUCUUCAUCUCUAGCACCGAAGCGUAUAGCACCCGCAUCGUCAACAGAAUCGGUGAUGCGAUUGUUCACAGAAUUGUUCGAGCCCAUGAAAAUGGAGAAAGCUGGCGCUGCAUUAUCCUUAUUCCGCUGAUGCCAGGCUUCCAAAAUACUGUUGAUGAGCAAGAAGGCACCAGUGUACGACUUAUCAUCAUGUGCCAGCUGAAGAGUAUCUGCCGAGGCGAGAACUCCAUCUUCGGCCGCCUUCGUUCCGCCGGAAUCGACCCUGAGGACUAUAUCGACUUCUUUUCUCUUCGCCAGUGGGGUAUUAUGAGUACAGACGCACUGGUGACUGAACAGCUCUAUAUUCAUGCAAAGACCAUCAUUGUGGAUGAUCGCGUUGCUCUCAUUGGUUCCGCCAACAUCAACGAACGCUCCAUGGUUGGCCAUCGCGAUUCAGAAAUCGCGGCAAUCGUUCGCGAUACCGACAUGAUAUGGUCUACCAUGGGUGGCAAGCCGUACCAAGUUGGCAGGUUCGCGCAUACAUUGCGCAUGAGAUUGAUGCGGGAGCACCUUGGCCUAGAUACCGACGCAAUCAUGGAAGAAGAACGCCAGAAUGAUGUUAAUUACGAAUCAUUCGACAGCCAAAUGGAUCAUUUCUAUGAAGACGGGCGUGGGUCACCGAACAGUGCUCAUAACGGCGAGUCAAGCAAAUCGGCACACCCCGGAAUUCAACAUCUUCGAAGUUUCAACAGUGAACUUGACAUCGAAAUGGCUAGGGCUGUUGACCCCGCCUCGUCGUCCUCUGACGAUAACAGCGAGAGAAAGUACAAGGGAAAACAAAAAGAGCAGGACGCUGCCUUCCAGGCUGAGCUUCACAUCAGGGAUGUUUCCGGCCACGGUCCCGACCACUGGAAAGCUUUUGAGAAAUCCGGUAUCGACGGCGGCAGAGACUCUGUCAUUGUAGAUGGCCGCGAAUUCUUGGUCAGCAGUAUCGAUGCCAUGGGAAAAGGCACCCUCGAAGAGCCCGAACACAACGACGCGCACGAUCGGCGUAAAUCGCUAGAGCGCAUCGCGGACGAAAAACUGCUUCCACCUCUGCCACCAUUCGACGAGCGCGCUGCUAACGUGGCCGAUCUGCGACCGGCCCAGUUACCUACGCUACCUGAAAAUAAGGAUGACAAGGCUCAAGCUGAUAACCUGGGUGCUUUCAGUUAUCUUGCUGCAGAGAUCAAACCGGCCACUAUUACAAAGGACUGCAUGGCGGACCCGCUUGCGCCGGAGUUUAUCGAUGAUAUCUGGAACCGGGUGGCCCGCAACAACACGAAGCUUUAUCGUAAAGUGUUUAGAUGCAUGCCGGACUCGGAGGUCAAGACGUGGGCCGAGUACCGUGAUUUCGUUGCGUAUGGUAAGAGAUUCCACGAGAGCAUGGAAGGCCGCCCUGCCUCGGAAGAACCUGACGCCCCAAGCGAGGCCGGGUACAUGAAUCGUACAGCAAGCGGUGGCGCCAUUGGCAUUUCUGUGCCAGAUUUGGAAGCGCUGGCAAGGAUCAACGGCGAAGAUGCUGAGAAGGUAGCUGCCAAUCUAAACAACCAGCACACCAAUUCCGACAUCACGGGAGAAACUGUCGACGAGAAGACGGGGGCCGCAGAUGAGGAGCGCGAGAUGGGGGCCGAGGUGGAGAAGCAAUCGACAAACCCAGAAACGCUCGAACGUAAGACGACAACAUUUGCCAAUCUCGAGAAGCCACCCACCAAGGAUUCCACCACCACUGCAGCGGCCCAAGCCCAGUUCGGCUCCGUUAAGAGGCGGCGCCGCGCGGCUACCAAGGGCAGCCGUCGCUGGUCCAACGUCGACGAUAUGCCGAAUCGUACCGAGGCUGAAGGCCUUUUGAGGAUGGUCCAGGGCAACCUCGUUGAGUUUCCCUACGACUGGCUCAUUACCGAAGAGCAUAACGGCAACUGGGGCUACCAAGUGGACGGUGUUGCACCGCUGGCGAUUUAG